CAGUGCACUACCACCGGUAUCAUUGUUGUUGGAGUUUGGGUGUCCUUUACAGUAUCAUCUUCUAUCCAGCUCGUCACCAGCUAGCUAGCACCAUGCCUCUCUCUCGAGCCCGAACGACCAACUCGGUUCCAUCGAGGAGGAAUCUGAUGAGAGAUGCGAGCUCUCGACGCAAGAAUUUCGUGGCGGCUGCCAAGCAGGACAAGUUAAAGGAGGAGGAACAGCAGCAGCAGCAGCAGCAGCAGCAAUCAUCGUCAUCACCUCCCAUUCCCAUGUCGGGCAUUCCCCAAAACGGUGGUCGCACCGGUGCCAUGGCCAACCAACGGUCUCAACGCUCCCGACGCUUUCGUGUGGGUUCGGCCGCCGCCGCGUUGAAAUCGAAUCUGCACAAAAUCGUGUCGUCCAAAGACCGUGGAGUGCCCGUGGGCGACAGCAGCGAUCAUCGACGUCGCAGUGAAGCUCUAACGCGACGCAGUGGUGGUGGUGGAUCGACCCGACGGUGCAUGACGACUGACGCGAGUUUUCGACGCUCGACAGGAAAUUCCGAUUUGCCACUUUCCGAAAUUGCCGAGAUUGCCAAGGAGGAGUUGUUUAGUAUGGCUGAAAUUGACGUGUCGUGGUUUGAAAAUAAGGAUGGAGAGGCUACACCGGUCGAAGACGCUAUGGACGGCAGUGCUCCAAGAGCAGCAGAACAGACUCCAGGAGCCAAAGAAAUUCCCAAGAGUCCCUGCGUGUUGCUCGCCCCACCGCCCAAAGACACGUCCAAAGAAGACGCACGUAAAAAACGCAUCUCCGCUGAAAAGGAUGUGAUGAGACGGGGCAGCGGCAAUCACAAGAGCCCGAAGCAACACUCCCGGAUUGCCCGUUCCUUGAGGGCCCCGUCCUCCCGCAAACUACUCGGGGCCAAGCAACCCAGUAUUCGAUUGCGCAAUAGUUCUGGCACAAUGGAACACAACAAUGGCAGACCUACUCGAAGCAAAUCAAUGGACAUGACGUCCGCCAUGAAUAAUGACAGUGCUAGCCCUCGUAGGUCAAACUCCUCCUCCAAAAGUAAAGAACCGGAACCGGCGCAAAGUAAUAUUGAUCUCUUGUCCAUGUCCAUUGACGACAUUGGAGUGGACUACAGCAAUCAUCACGCACCGCAACCACCCAACAACAAGACACAACAGACACCCGUCACACCAAGAACGCUUCGGCGUAAACGUAAUCCGCCCAAAAAGGUACAGGAUGCACUUUCCAUGUCCAUUGAUGA